AUGGUCAGGGGGUCGCAAGUAGGGUCGACCCCCCCACGGCGCGUUUGUGAGCAUGAGGACACGGUGGUGUGGGGGGAUAAUGGGGGCAAGGGGGUGUUGGAUAAUGCGGGGCAGGGGAUGGGGGAUAAUGCGGGCAGGGGGGUGGGGGAUAUUGAGGGCAUGGGGGUGGGGGAUAUUGAGGGCAUGGGGAUGGGGGAUAUUGAGGGCACGGGGGUGGGGGAUAUUGAGGGCAUGGGGGUGGGGGAUAAUGCGGGGAGGGGGGUGGGUGAUAUUGAGGGCAUGUGGGUGGGGGAUAUUGAGGGCAUGGGGGUGGGUGGUAUUGAGGGCAUGGGGGUGGGUGAUAUUGAGGGCAUGGGGGUGGGGGAUAUUGAGGGCAUGGGGGUGGGGGAUAUUGAGGGCAUGGGGGUGGGGGAUAUUGAGGGCAUGGGGGUGGGUGAUAUUGAGGGCAUGGGGGUGGGUGAUAUUGAGGGCAUGGGGGUGGGUGAUAUUGAGGGCAUGGGGGUGGGUGAUAUUGAGGGCAUGGGGGUGGGUGAUAUUGAGGGCAUGGGGGUGGGGGAUAAUGCGGGCAUGAGGUCCUUAUUAAGUUAUGGUUCUCCUCCCCCCUCUUUCCCAUUCACGUUUCCUGAGUUGUAUCUUCCCCUCUUUUACUACACAGUUUCCCUGCUCUUCCUCUCAGCGCUCUUCUCUUUGGUAGGAGGGUUCGAAACCGCGACGCUCGAGCCGUCAGACCGCAUCGCGGUGCAACGCAAGUUCCCCCGGACAUACGGCUCCUCGCUGCUCUCCCUCGUCAAUGUCCCCGUUGACAGAUGCCCGGGUGCCAAGGCCCAUGCCAAGGCCUCGGGACCCCUCAGGGUGGGAGUGCUGUUUUCCGGCCGUCAGUCGCCCGGUGGGCACAACAUCAUCUCGGGUCUCCUCGAUGCGCUCAAGGCGCACCACGCCGACAGCACUCUCCUCGGCUUCGUCGGCGGCUACAAGGGCGUGUUCGAGAAGAACACUCUCGAGAUCACUCCCGAGGUGCUCUCGCUCUACAAGAACCAAGGCGGGUACGACCUGCUGGGGCGGUCCGUGGCGCAGAUGUCGUCGACGGAGCUGCAGGCGCAGGUGAAGGCCACGUGCACCGACCUCAAGCUCGACGGGCUCGUCCUCAUCGGCGGCACGGGCACGGCGACGACUGCGGCGUACCUCGCGGAGUACUUCGCCGCCGAGAACGCGCCCACUAAGGUGGUGGCGAUCCCGUGCACCAUCGACUGCGACCUCAAGAACCAGUUCGUCGAGGUCAGCGUCGGCUUCGACUCCGCCUGCAAGGUGUACUCGCAGCUCAUCAGCAACAUCUGCACCGACGCUCUCUCCGCGGAGAAGUACUACUACUUCGUGCGACUCAUGGGUCGCAAGGCGUCGCACAUCGCGCUCGAGUCCGCGCUGCAGUCGCAGGCGAACAUGGUGAUCCUGGGCGAGCAGAUCGCGGCGUCAAAGAUGACCCUCUUCGACAUCACCAACAAGAUCUGCGACGCCGUCGUGCAGCGCUCCGUUGAAAAGGGCAAGCACCACGGAGUCAUUCUCUUCCCCGAGGGCCUCAUCGAGCACAUCCCCGAAGUUGCCGCUCUCAUUGAGGAGAUCAACGAGCUGGUCAACAGCGGCGUGUCGUCGGAGGCGGUGGCGUCGCGCCUGUCGCCGUGGUCGGCGGCGCUCUUCGCGUUCAUGCCGCCCUUCAUCCGCCACGAGUUCGCGGAGCACCGCGAGGUCGACGGCUACAUCCGCUUCUCGCAGAUCGAGACGGAGAAGCUGUUUGCGCAUCUGGUGGAGAAGGAGAUGGAGCGACGCACGAAGGCGGGUUUGUACAAGGGAAAGAAGUUCAACGCCAUCUCCUACUUCUUCGGUUACCAGGCGCGCGGCUCCCUGCCCUCCAACUUCGACUGCGACUACGCCAAUGCACUGGGGCACACGGCGGUGCAUCUGGUGGCGGCGGGUGCGGGCGGGUACCUGGCGACGGUCAGCGGGCUCAAGCACGACGUGUCCCGCUGGACGCUCGGUGGCGUGCCCAUCACGGCAAUCAUGAGUUCAAAGCCAACAAUGAAGGGCGGGGCCACGGAGCCCGGUGUGAACGCCAACAAGGUCGACCUCAACAGCGCCCCUGUCCAGGCGCUCUACACCAACGCUGCCAGCUGGCUGCUGGACGACCUGUACCGCAACCCGGGUCCCAUCCAGUUCGAGGGGCCCAGCGCUGAGGCGCGCCCCAUCACACUCAUGAUGGAGGACCACAGCUAUGUGGAGCAGAUGCACACUCUGCACAAGUACCUCGACCAGGUGAGGGAGCUGGUGAAGCCUGGGUGUGCCCCCGAGGCCCUCAACACGGCCCUCUCCUCCCUGGCCUCCCUUACCCACGUCCUCACCAUCCUCACUGGCCCCGGCUCCUCCUUCGCUGCUCCCGACCCCGCCCCCUCGCCCCGCGUCUCCUAUGUGGCCGGCAUGUGGAAGUAG